GCCAGUCACUGUUUUCUAUUUCCAUAUUUCCACUGCCGCCACCCGCACAUGACAGACGAAAGUCCUCUUUCUUAGUUUCUUCCCCCUUACCUCUGGGGUAGUUUGGUUGGCACCUAGCGGCUAGCUCUACUACUUAUAUCGUCCAAUACCCAGCCAUAUUCAUCCCUCUCCAUCUCAGGUUUCAGGACUCAGGAGGAUCUCACUCUGACUUUCUGAAAUUCUCGAGGGUAAAAAAAGAAAACCCAAAAAGAAUGAGCGAUCUGAAAACUAAAUUCUUGGAAGUUUACUCUGUCCUGAAAUCGGAGUUACUCAAUGACCCUGCUUUUGAGUUUACUGAUGAUUCUCGGCAAUGGCUCGACCGGAUGCUGGACUAUAAUGUUCCUGGAGGAAAGCUAAAUCGAGGGCUCUCGGUUGUUGACAGUUACAAGCUGCUUAAAGAAGGAAGAGAAUUAACCAGUGAUGAAACUUUUCUUGCUUGUGCACUUGGUUGGUGCAUCGAAUGGCUACAAGCUUAUUUUCUUGUUAUGGAUGAUAUCAUGGAUGGCUCUCACACGCGUCGUGGUCAACCAUGUUGGUUUAGAUUGCCAAAGGUUGGUAUGAUUGCUGCAAAUGAUGGCAUAAUCGUUCGCAACCACAUCCCACGAAUUCUCAAAAACCAUUUCAGAGGCAAGCCUUAUUAUGUGGACCUGCUUGAUUUAUUCAAUGAGGUAGAAUUCCAGACAGCCUCUGGACAAAUGAUUGAUUUAAUUACCACGCUUGUGGGAGAGAAAGAUCUAUCCAAAUACUCUUUGCCUCUACAUCGCCGCAUUGUUCAGUACAAAACUGCCUAUUAUUCUUUCUAUCUUCCAGUAGCCUGUGCUCUCCUUAUGUCAGGUGAGAAUCUGGACAAUCAUAUUGAUGUCAAGGAAAUACUAAUUGAAAUGGGAAUCUACUUCCAGGUGCAGGAUGACUAUCUAGAUUCUUAUGGUGAUCCAGAGGUCAUUGGCAAGAUUGGGACGGAUAUUGAAGAUUUUAAAUGCUCUUGGAUGGUCGUGAAAGCAUUGGAAGUCUGCAACGAGGAACAAAAGAAGUUACUACACGAGAACUAUGGGAAGCAGGAUCCAGCUUGUGUUGCUAAGGUUAAAGAACUUUACGAGGCUCUCAAAAUCCAGGAUGUGUUUCUGGAAUACGAGAGGAAGAGUUAUGAGAAGCUCAAUAAGGGCAUUGAAGCUCACCCAAGCAAAGCCGUGCAAGCGGUGCUGAAAUCAUUCCUAUCAAAGAUAUAUAAGAGGCAAAAAUAGCCAGAUAAUCUGUCACCAACAUGGAAGGAACUCAAUCUCCUUCGUAGAAAUUUGUUGUACUUCUGCACAUGGAAAAGGAUGUCUACCUCAACAGUGUCUCCUUCCCCCUCUGACACAAGGCUAUUGACCAGAUAAUCUGUGGAGCAGAAGGCCAGAUGUUAUUGAGACAACGGAGAUUGGGCAGAGGAGUUCAAAAUAAUUAUAAAAAUAAAGUUGUCUGUUUCUUCACUGAAUUAGUGGAUUAUUCGUACGCACGCACACGUCAGAUGUACGGUUUCUUUACCUAGUCACAGUUUUAAAGCAAACAAAUAAAGUUAACGCUUAACUUCUCAAAUUCUAGAGAGAGCUGUUGACAUAAUUCUAGUAGAGAGUGGUAUUAGAUUGUGCUAACGUUUAAUGUAGCAUUAUAAUUUUAUUAACAGCCUUGCAAA